CAGAGCCAUUAGUGUCAGUUUGAACUGCCUCACGAAGACACUGUAUAGUUAACAACCGAAUUUUAUAAAAUAUACACAUCCUUACAUUCUAAGAACCAGGUGUUUGGGAGCAAAAUAAAAAUAAAUUAACCAUUAAUAUUUACCACGAGAAUGGAAAUACUGUUCUCUCGUGGAACGUGGAUCGUCAUAAUCAUCACCACGGGCCUACGAAUAUCGACAGUAAAUUGCCGUUUUAGCGAAAGAUCAUGGGUCUCUAAAUUUGGUAAAGCUCCUCUCCUCGAAAAAUUUUCAUGGAAGUUUUUUGACUGGGCUUAUCCAGAUGAAGACAGUAGACAGGCCGCUCUAGAAAGCGGUGAUUACAUACCGGAGAAUUCAGUUCCUGUUGGUUUUGAAGUAUGGAGAAAUAAACUUUUCGUCGGUGUUCCAAGAUGGAAGGAGGGAAUACCGGCAACCCUUAAUUACAUACCUCUCGAUACGAACCGUGGUGGAUCACCAAAAUUAAUUCCAUAUCCCAGUUGGAGACAAAACGUCGCUGGAGAUUGCGGUAUCGGGCUUACCACAGUAUACAAAAUGCAUGCUGACCAGUGCAAUCGUCUUUGGGUACUAGAUGUUGGUACACUCGGAAAUGAAGCUACCCAAAUUCAAGCAUGUCCAUAUACCUUAAACAUCUUCGAUCUGACGACAAACGAAGUUGUGCGACAAUACCAACUACCCCCGGAGGAUCUUAAACCGAGUACAUUUAUCAUCAACAUAGCGGUUGAUAUGGGUAGCGGAGGUUGUAAUGAUGUUUUCGCUUAUAUGUCGGAUGAGCUUGGUUACGGCCUGAUAGUCUAUGACUGGAAAGCGAAUAAGUCUUGGCGCAUUAGCCAUGGCUUUUUUUAUCCUGAUCCAUUGGCUGGUGAUUACAAUCUCGGUGGUUUAAAUUGGCAAUGGAUUGAUGAAGGGAUUUUUGGCAUGACUCUCUCACCAAUGGCUAAUGAUGGAUUCAGAACAUUGUUUUUCCACCCUCUGAGUAGUAACAGAGAGUUUGCUGUUUCAACAAGAAUACUCAGAGAUGAAGAUCUUUCAAAGAACAGUUAUCGAGAAUUCCACGUACUAUCUGAGCGAUACAUGGGUCAUUCAACAUCGGAGGCUAUGGACGAGAACGGUAUCAUGGUGUUCAAUUUGAUUGACCAAAAUGCCGUCGGUUGUUGGAAUUCUUUGCUACCUUAUGAGCCAGCCAACCAUGGAAUAAUAGCUAAGCAUGAUAAGGCGUUGGUUUUCCCGGUUGAUGUUAAGAUUAAUCACGGAACGGUGUGGAUAAUGUCGAAUCGUUUAGAGAGGUUUGUGUUGAGAAUUAUGAACUUCACGGAGGUAAAUUUUAGGAUUUUGACAGUACCCCUAGAGGACGCAGUUGCCAAUACAAUUUGUGAAAAACCCCGGACGCAAUGGAGUUUUCAACAUCAGGAAUCUUACAAUAAUAUGCUUUUAUGGGAAUAAUGAUGGCACAAGUAUCUUUACAGCGUCCGAAAAUAAAACUACUAGUUAUUUUUUAGAUAAAAUAUGUGCUUGUAAUCGGAUUAAAUUAACAUUUAUGUAGUUGAAUUCCAUUUCAUUCAAGGUAGUGCUUUACAAUCAUCAGGCAAUUUAAAAAUAUUUUAACGCGGCUUAGAAGAAUGCUUUUAAUCUUAACAACUUCAUUCAACUGCAUUGUAUUUCCCUCUUAGAAUUUUUAUAUUGAAAAUUUAACCAACCUAUUGUGAAAAAUCAAUAACUCGUUUAUACUUACUUACACUGAGCUGCGAUUAAUCAUGAAAGUUCCAAUGUGUUUAAUUUCAGCAAUCAAUACAAACUAAGGCAUUUAAUAAAUUUAAGGGAUGAAAAAACCUUCUAAA